AUGGAGUUGAUGAAGGACCGGCUCUGGCUAGUUUCCUCCCAGAUAGGCGGCUGGGUGCGGGUCAAAGCCCUCCGCGGUUGGUAUCCAGUGGCUCCAGCCAAGGCAAGGCGCGCCUCUGUCUUGCUGCUUCUUCUGGCUCAGGGCUCCCUCCUGGGUGAAGCCAGCUCAUUGCACUUUUCUCGCCUUUCCUUAACCUUCAAAGAGCUUCUAAAGACCCAUGCAGCCAAGGAAUUCAUCUUCAACUUUGAGACCAGAGACUUCCGCCUCCUGCACAUGGACCAUGACCGGAUCUAUCUGGGUUUACGUGACUACCUGGUGUCCUUCGGCCAGUCGAAGAUGAACGAGGACCCGCUUAUUAUCAAGUGGCCAGCAUCACCGGAGCAGGAGAAGACUUGCCAGAGGAAGAUGAAAAGGGGCCAGGAAAACCUGUGCUUCAACUUCCUCCGUAUCAUCCAGCCGCCGAACCGGACUCACCUGCUGGUGUGUGGGACUGGGGCCUUCAGUCCCAUAUGUGCCAUCGCCAACCGUGGCAGGCACAUUCAGGAUUAUGUGUUUCAUAUGGUGCACAACAGCCAGACCUCAGGGCUGGGAAGUUGUUCCUACACCCCCAACUCCGAGACCAUGGCCACAUUCAUUGAUGGGAAUCUGUACACCGGCAUGCACAUGAACUUCUUAGGCAGUGACCCCGCCAUCUUCCGCUCCGCGGGUCGCCUCCCGACCCUCCGCUCCGACCCGUACAACAACCUCUGGCUCAAUGCUCCUGCGUUCCUGAAGGCCUUCAAGAUCUCAGACAGCAUCAACUGCAAUGACGACAAACUCUACUUCCUCUUCCGGGAGAAUACGAUCCAAAGCUUUCCAGAACCGACUACGCUCCCUCUUGUCGGUCACGUUUGCUUGAAUGACGUCGGAGGGCAGUACCUACUCAUGAACAAGUGGACGACAUUCCUGAAGGCCCGGCUAAUGUGUUCCGUGACCGAGGAUGGCAAGGAGAUCCUUUUCAACAAACUCCAGGACGUCUUUAUCCAUCCUAUCCAUGACAAGAGAGACCCUCUGAUCUAUGGCAUCUUCACCACCCCUCCUAGUGACCCAUUUCAGGGCUCAGCCAUCUGUGUUUAUUCCAUGGCUGACAUCCGGGCAGCCUUUAAUGGGUCUUUCACUGACAAGAUAAGCUCCAUUAACACGGAGAAGCCUGACGAAGGUGACGUGCCCACGCCUCGACCUGGCUCGUGCCCAGGGGGUGUUUCGGCCCCAGACUUCCACUCCUCCAAGGCCUUUCCCAGUAAGAUGAUCGAAUUCAUCCGCACCCAUCCACUGAUGUUCAACCCCGUGUACCCUCUGCAACGCCGGCCUCUGUCUGUGCGCAUAGGCCCCAACUCCACCUUCACUACUGGGGUCAUGGACGUCUCGGAUACUGUCGAAGGAAGCUAUAAAGUGUUCCCUCUAGGCACAGCCCACGGUACGGUGCAGAAGGUGGCGGUGCUCGAGCGGAACGGGACCAGUGAGGCCGUGAACCUGGAAGAGGUAGAGGUGUUCCGGACCCCAGCCCCGGUGAAGACCAUGAUGAUCUCGUCUAAGUGGAAAGAUCUCUUCGUGUCCUCGGAUACGGGCGUGAGCCAGCUGAAGUUGUAUCGCUGUCCACCUUACAAGGCCUGUGCCCUGUGCUGCAGGGUCCGGGACCCCUACUGCAACAGGCCUUGGAAGAGUUGCUCCCCUAAAGUCAAAAGAGGCCUGUCCCCUCCCACGCCUUACUGGGCCGGAAAUAACCCCCAGGCCAGGCUGCCUCUGUGCAACAUCGGGUGUGAGCACAAGGCGGGCACGGUUCUCACCUACCUGACCCGGCGGGCACCGCUGCGUGUUGUUAGCGCUGAUGACCCGGGGCCGGUGCCGGCAGGGAGCCAGCCGGAACACUUAGACUUAGCGGAGGAGUACGCGUGCCACCAUCUUACGGCCCGCCCGUACGGGCUGGCCUCCCCGGCCUUCACCUAG